GUCAAGUUAAAUAAAAAUAAAAACAAAUUCAAAGUUUCAGCUUCAGAAUAAAGAUCAGAAAAGCAUCCAGUGUUUGGUUUUAAUUUUUGUUCCAAGUUGAAUUCUAGUUUUUGCACUUUAAAACUAGUCGGAACCGAAAUAUUUUCCUUUAUCAUUUUCAAAAGUUUUUAUUGGAAAUAAUAAUAAAAAUCACUGUAAUAUAGAUGAGAAAAGCUAAAUGGAGAAGAAUAUUUCCUUCGAUUAUAAUUUUUCAUCAUACUUAUAUUCAAGCAAUCAAUAUCUCUGAACAUGGUGCGCACCACACAACUGAACCUACAAUUAUCACCACUCAAAAAGAAAUCUUUCACGACGAAGACACUGGUGUAAAUACAGAUAAUCUAGAAUUUAUAUCUUCAUGGCCAUUGCAGAACGUGGACAGCACCAAAAAGGUUCCAACCUUUUUCUUUCAAAAGUUCCAUCCACAAGAUAUUAUCCGUCCAGUUCAGGAAAAAUUGAAGGAAAUUCAUGAUCUGCUCACAUUGCCAUUGCACCCAAAUUAUGGAGGACUCAUACUCUCCAGUCCACAAUACCUUUGGAGCAAGUUGAAGGAAAAAGGAAACUUAAUUUUCGGAGGAGCACAAAAUUCUGUAUUUGGAAUUGCUCAUCCACCUUCAGAAUAUCCAUUUCCUUAUAGACAAGUAGAAAAUUUGAAACAAAAGUUCACUUAAUUCAUUCAAAUUGCCUACAACUUUCUAGACUCCUUUAAA